GGGAAGCCCAUUGAAGACAGCCAAGAUGAAAGUCAAAGACAUGACAUUCAAGAUGGGGCAGGAGUUAAAGGUCCGAGUCAGGCCCGAUGACGACUCUGAAAGAUUUGCAAUCAACAUCGGUCAUGAUCCUGAGAACAUUGCAAUGCACUUCAACCCUCGCUUCGAUUAUGGAGGAGCCGAGAACAUUAUCGUCUGCAAUUCCAUGUCUGGAGGGAGCUGGGGUGAAGAGCAGCGAGACAGUUUUUUCCCAUUUGUGCGUGGGGAAGAAUGCAAGUUUUACAUCAACUUUAACAAUGAGCAGUUUUACAUCAAACUUCCAGAUGGUACCAUGAUGAACUUCCCCAACCGCCUGGGAGAUGUGAAGUACCAGUUCUUUGAAGUCACUGGCGGUGCAAGAAUUGUAGGAAUUAAGAUCAAGUAGAGGAUAAACUCCUCAGAAUAUAUUCUGAUCUGACACCUUUCACAUGAUUUUCAAGCUGCAGAAAUAGUGUUUUAGAGUGCUCUUCCAGCCCAGAUUGCUUGUCUUCUGUAAGGCUGAGGUAACUUGAAUACCGGCUGUGAUGAGAGAAGAAGGCCUUAAGAUGGAGCCAAAGCAUAUCUUAUUUACCUGCUGUUGCUAGCUGAAUGUCUUCAAUAAAAGCUUUAAAAAAU